AUGGAAACAGAAAUAGAACCAUUAAAUUCUCCUGAAAAAAAUGACUUAAAUGAUACCAAUUAUAAUCACGAUUAUUCCCUUUCUGAAGAAUUUGGUGUUAAAAGAACAUUUACUGAAAUUAUAAAUGAGAAUGAUGUUUUAAAGUCUUCCAAUUCUAUUUUGUCGAAAAAAAAAUGUCUUAUAAACAAGAAAUUAAGACAGCCAUUUCGAUCUCCUUUAAAAGCAAACAAUCAUACUAAUAAACUUUUGGGAACUGUAAAAAAAGACGAAAAGUCUUCAGAUUCUCCUGAAAGGAAUAUUUCUUCCAAAGAAAAUGAAAAUAAUAAAUCUAAAAUUAUAUCUGAUACCACGGAUACACAUAGUAUAUCUACUCCAAAAAAAUCUGUUAAAAAGGCUGUUUUUCGCUCUCCUUUGUUUCCUAGCAAGAAUACAGUAGAUCCAGAAAUAAAUGCAUUACAUAAAAGGCGAUUGGAACUUGAACGGAAAAUAUGGGAAGCAGAUGAGCGUAUAAAAACAAUAGAAACAGCAAAGAUUUAUGAAAAUAAGGAUGAUAAUAAAUUGGAGAUGUUGAUCGAUAAAUGGCGUCUUGCAGCACAACAAGCUGCAGCACAACUUUUUACUAUUGUUUCUGAAAGAAUUGAAGCUGCAGGAGGUAUUGUAGCAUGGUAUAAACAGUUUGAAAUUUCUAGAAAUAUUUUUUCUGAAUGGGAUACUACUCCAAAUAUUGACUCUGAAAAUCUAGAGCAAGAUAAAGAAUAUUUACCAAAUGUUGAAGAUACAUCGAAAUCAGAAGAAUUUACAAUGACAAUGAUGCUUGAAAAGUUGAAUAUUUCCCCUAAUCUGAUUGGAUGGGAUAUUAAGACGGAAACCUGGUUAUAA